GAGGGUGAAAGGAAUGGUGUGUGGAGGGGGUGGGAUGGCGCUGGAGACUAAUACAGUGCAAAUGGGCCGAAUGGCUUGUUUCUGAACUUGGAUUAUGAGUCACAUGGGUCAUGGUAUGAAUGGUUUAUGCAUUGUCAGAUCAGCAUGGCUUGGCAGGUGUGUUUGAUUUUCUUGGAAUAUUUCAGCUUCAAACAGUUCUCUCUGUCUCUCCCUUUUAUUGAAAGGUCUCUCCUUGUUUACCCAACAGUCGGAUUCAGCCAAUGGGAUUGACGUUCUCUGCUACAACUUCUACCUGUUCCCGCCCAGCUUCGGUCCCCUGGACCCGGAAUUUACCUUCCAGUCCUCCACCUGCUCCUUCCUCACCAAAUACGGCUUUGACUUUAAGAAGUUUUUCAGGGAGGGCAUCCCAUUUCUGAACGAGGAACAGGAGUCGAGACUCCGAGGCCUUCUCACCACUGGAAGCUGGAGCCUGAACAAUUCCAUACUGAAGGACCUGCUGAAGGUGAUGAUAACUGAUGUUUCGGAAUGGGUUGUCCACGCCCAGGAGGGAGAUUCACUCACUCUGCCCAGCGUUCCCGGUCUUCAGAUAUUCGAGGUGCAGCUGGUGUUGAGGAGAGCCCUGGCCAAUAUCUGGACUGAAGUGAACGAUCAGAACGAGAUUGUCGUUCACAGGAUCACUUACUCCAGAAGAGCACAGUUGGAGAACUCGCUCAGAGAUGGUUGUCGCGUGGAUCUGGUGCUGGAGGCUGCACUUGGUUUUACUCGAGUCUUCCGUGAGCUGAUCAGAUCCCAAAAGCCUCUGAUUGGACAUAACAUGCUCCUGGAUCUGAUGUACCUUCACGACAAGUUUUAUCGACCACUACCAGAGAGUUUUGUUGAGUUUAAGACCAGUACCCACAAGCUGUUCCCCUCGGUGUUUGACACCAAACACAUCAGCAAGAGGACCAGACAGGAGUUUCUGUCUCUCCGAAUUCCUAAUCUCUUCGCUCUUCACGCUGCUCUUGAAAGCCGGCUCAUCGACCUGGCCCAGCAUGGACCCACAUUGAACCACGCUGCAGUCUGCCAGAGAUACUCUCAAAGUGACUAUCCUCAUGAAGCCGCAUUUGAUGCUUUUAUCUGUGGGACAGUCUUGCUGCAGUUGGCCCAGCUGCUGCUGACCCAUCAGAGCAGCCUCUUUGAUCCCCGAACCCCACGGAUUGGGGAGUAUCUGGAUCUACUCAAGCCGUACGAGAACAAUGUCAAUAUGAUCAGAGCACGUGUCUCCUUCACGUCCCUCUCGGGGCCUGACCCACAGGCCGAGCGACCUCCUAUCCUUUUGGUGAAGGUACGUCGAGGCUGGAGUUCGACUCCUGCGGAGAUCGCGAAGGAGUUUGCCACAUUUUGCUCGCUGGACGUCAGGAAAGAGAGUUCAAGGCAAUACCUGCUCGCCACAAAUGAAUGGAAGGGGGCCAGGAAGAUCUUGCGAACCUACCGAUCCCAUCCUGUUUUCCAAGUGGAACCUUAUCGCUAUUGGUCCCACUCGGGGACUGUGACCAGCACUUUCAGGCUGUGUUGCUCGCUGGCUCUUGCCACAAUGCUGGUGUUCUUCCUGGGCCGACCUGCUUAGGUUUGACUUCUGGUUUGUUCGAAUUCUCUUGAGGAAGACAGGAAGGUGACGGAAAUGUAUUGUGCUCUCACGCCAA